AUGUCCGGGCUUAAUGAGAGUACUAUCCAACAUGACCUCCAGGAUAUUGAAGGGUUACCUCCUUCGGUCAAAGUAUAUCACUACAACGGUAUGGACGACUUUUGCCGGAUCAUCUUCCUUGAGAAUGAUCGUCUCUAUGGUUCCUCUGGCCCAAAAACACAAGAUCGGGAAAGUGGUGCAAGUUACGAAGAACGGAAAGACCAAUCGAUCACGCCACCACCGAUAAAAGGCACUACAAAUACCCUGGACGACAGUAACAACUGGGAUAACGACGAUGAAAGCGAACACCUCAUCUUCAUUAUCGAACCUACUGAUUUUGAGCACGAUUUCCUUGACUCAGAUUCUCUUUUACAAGUCAAUAUCAGGAUAUUCUUCAAUCCAAAAACAAAAAUCCUUGUGGUCAAGAUGGCUAGCCCAGUGGAUAGAGAAGCCGCGUUGAUUUUCCACGACAUGAUUGAAGAGGCCCUUGAGCCAAUGGGCCUAAAGAACGCAAUUCAAUUAUUGGGAAGCACAAUAAUGCUCGCCACAGAUGGCACGAAGAAGCAGGCAGAUGGGGGGUGGGGUCCACAGAGACCCCCCAGGGACGCUCCCAGGAGACCGACACUUGUUUUGGAGGUUUCCAAUUCACGGUCUUACGCAAAACUUCAUCGGAAUGUCCAGUACUGGGUAGAUCCAGAAAAACAGGAGGCCAAUGUGGCUAUCGGCAUUAGUCUCCAUAGGAACAAGCCCGAGAUCACUAUCGACCAGUGGGAAUGCAGCUCGGGAGUAUCCCAACCCAUCCAAAAGGCACACUUUAUUAUUAGAGGAAGGUCUAAUGGUCAAGUUUACUUUAAUUCCGAAAAUCCUCUACCUCAGCUCGUGAUCCCUUUUCACCUUCUUUUUCGACGGCCAGCAGAGAACAACAGAGAACACGAUAUCGUCAUUUCGACGCGAGAACUCGUUGAGUUCGCUAUUAUGGUGUGGGAUAUGCAAUUCAAAGACGAGAAAUAA